UCCCAUUGGCUGCGGGGCGCGAGGGCGGGGCCCGGCGCGGUUCCUCCGUGCUCCCCCCGCCGCCCCGCGCGGGGGUUCCGCCGCCCGCCAGGCCCGGCCGCAGGAAUCCCGAGAGGAAUCGCCUGAAAUCGCAGGGAUUGUUGCCGCUGGAACCUCGGGAUGCGUUAGAAUUCCAGGAAUUCCCGUUGCUUAAGGAAUGCUGGCACCAUGCGCUGCCUGGCKGCUCGGCUCAGCUCCAAGGCGCUGCUGGUGCUCUGCUCGCUGCUGGCCRUGCUCACGGUGCUGCUGUGGAGCCGCUGUCCCUCCGGCCGCUCCGUGCCCGUCCCAAGGGAUCCCGCGCUCCCGGAGCGCCGCGGGAACGCCGACACCGCCUCCGACCCRGCCGGGGCUCGGCCGCCCAGCGAGGAGGCGUCGCCGCGGGAGCUUCCCAAGGCUCCGGCAGCGGGAGCGGGGAGCGCCGGGAAAGGCGGCCUGAGGUACGAGGAGAUCGACUGCAUCAUCAACGAGGAGCACACGGUCAAGGGGCGCCGCGAGGGCAACGAGGUGUUCCUGCCCUUCAGCUGGGUGGAGAAAUACUUCCAGGUGUACGGGAGGAUCGCCCAGUCCGACGGCAGCGAGCGCUUCGAGUUCUCCCACAGCUAUUCCAAGGUGUACGCCCAGCGCGCUCCGUACCGGCCCGACGGCGUCUUCAUGUCCUUCGAGGGCUACAACGUCGAGCUGCGCGACCGCGUCAAGUGCAUCAGCGGCGUGGAAGGAGUGCCACUGUCCACGCAGUGGGGCCCCCAGGGCUACUUCUACCCCAUCCAGAUCGCUCAGUACGGCCUGAGCCACUACAGCAAGAACCUGACCGAGAGGGCGCCCAGCGUGCGGCGCUACGAGAGCGGCGGGGAUCGCGAGCGGGAGCGGGAUCGGGACACGGACACGGACGGGGAUGGGGACGGGGAAUGGACAGUGCCCAAGGGCUGCUCCCUCUCCACCGUGUGGGACAAAUCCAAGCUCACUGGAGUCAAGGAGUUCUCCUGCCCAGAGGCCUCCGAGGGCGUCUCCCUGCAGCUCAACAACGGGCGGGAUUUCAUCAUCUCCUUCGACCUGAAGCUGGUGACCAACGGCAGCGUCUCGGUGGUGCUGGAGACCACGGAGAAGAACCAGCUCUUCACGCUGCACUACGUGUCCAACACGCAGCUCAUCGCCCUCCGCGACCGCGACAUCUUCUACGGCAUCGGCGCCCGCACCGCCUGGAGCACCCUGACCCGGGACCUCCUCACGGACCUCCGCAAGGGCGUGGGGCUCUCCAACACCAAGGCGGUGAAGCAGACCAAGAUCAUGCCCAAGAAGGUGCUCCGGCUGGUGGYCCGGGGCCACGGCUUCCUGGACAAYGUCACCAUCUCGGCCACRGCCCACAUGGCCGCCUUCUUCGCCGCCAGCCACUGGCUGCUGCGCAACCAGGACGAGCGCGGCGGCUGGCCCAUCGCCGUCACCAGGAAGCUGGGAGAGGGCUUCAAAUCGCUGGACCCGGGCUGGUACUCGGCCAUGGCGCAGGGCCAGGCCAUGUCCACACUGGUCAGGGCCUACCUGCUGACCAAGGAGCCGGCGUUCCUGGGCGCGGCGCUGCGGGCCACGGCGCCCUACAAGCUGCCGGCRGAGCGGCGCGGGGUCAAGGCCGUGUUCAUGGGGCGCCACGAUUGGUAYGAGGAGUACCCCACCUCGCCCAGCUCCUUCGUGCUCAACGGCUUCAUGUACUCCCUGAUCGGCCUCUACGACCUCAAGGAGACGGCGGGGGAGAAGCUGGGCGAGGAGGCGCGGCGGCUCUACGAGCGCGGCAUGGCGUCGCUCAAGGCCAUGCUGCCGCUCUUCGACACCGGCUCGGGCAGCGUCUACGACCUGCGGCACUUCACGCUGGGCACSGCGCCCAACCUGGCGCGCUGGGACUACCACACCACCCACAUCAACCAGCUGCAGCUGCUGGGCUCCGUCGACCCCGCGCCCAUCUUCAAGGACUUCGCCAAGAGGUGGAAGAGUUACCUGCGAGGAGGGCGGGCCAAGCACAACUGAGCUCCUCCUCCUCCUCCUCUUCCUCCUCUUUCCAGCCUCCCCUCUCYGAUCCUGCUCCGAAGAAGUGAUCCUUAAAACUGCUCCGGGGAAGGUUUGGGAUCGGGGAAUUCUGCCCGUCCUYGGCGUUCCAUGCCCUGAGGUUUAGGUGGGAUUCCGGUGGGAUUUAUUUUUCCUUUUUCGAGGAAAACGUUUGCAGAAGCCAUAGAAGUCUUGGAAGCGCGGUCCCUGCUCGGAGAGUUGCUCUGGGGGCAUCCGGAGCCGGGAUUGUGCGCCCAUGGUGGAGCGGCUCCCAUGGGAUGAGCACUGGGAAUCGCUCGGAGCCUGGGGAACGCAGAGUGUGGCUUUAAAGUGGGGAGGGGGGUUCAUAGGGAUUCUUUCUGGGAGGAAAAAUCCACAUUUGGGAUUUUUCGAUACUCCCACAUUUGGGAGUUUUCUGUCUGGAGAUCCUGGAGCUGGAGGGCUUUUUCAUGGAAAACAUGUGUCCAGGGUCAUGGAAGCACAACUGGGAGCCUGGACCGGCACUGGAAUCCCCUUGGAGCUGGGGUCCCUUGGAGCUGGGAUUCCUCGGAGCUGGAAUUACUCGGAGCUGGUAUCUCUUGUCCUCGAGCUCCAUGUUUCUGUUGGGUUUUGUAAUUCCAUCUGGGAAGUUUCUCUGAGCUUUGGCCAUUUUCAGGGACAUUGGUUGGGAAUUGCCGAUYGGAGCUCAUCAGGAGUCCCUCAGGAAAUUCAGGAAUUCAGGAAGCUUUUCCUGGGGUGAUUUUAAUGUUUAUCCUGCUCGAGUCAAUCCGGCAUUUCAAAAAGGAAAGUGUUCCCGGAGGGCUUUGCAUUCCCAGAGAAGCUGUGGCUGCCCCUGGAUCCUGGAAUGUCCAAGGCUGGGCCGGACGGGACUCGGAGCACCCUGGGAUAGUGGGAGGUGUCCCUGCCCAUGGAAUGGGAUGAGCUUUAAAGUCCUUUKCACCAAACCAUUCCAUGUUUCCAUGAAUCCCAUAAACGAUUCCCACUCGCUGCCUGACCUCAGACUCAUGCCGAGGUCAUGGAUGGACUUUGGGGAUUCCUGCCGCUCCCAUUCUAUGUUGUCAGUGACAGAGCUCAUCCCAAUCCCAAAAUCCCGGGCACAAGGACAGCGCCCAUCUCCAUCUUUUUAUUGCUUUUGGUUUUUUAGGCUUUUUUAAAAGUUCUCACCCAUCUUGGAAGUGACUUUUCUUUGAGUUUUCUGAUCGGAUCCGUCCAUCCGAUGGAAGAGGAGAAAUUCCAGUACCAAAGGUAGCAGAGGGGAAUUUUUUUCCAGGCCUGUGGAAACCCAACAYGUGUGCGCACAAAACCGCCCUGAAAUCACGCUUCCUUCCCAAAAUCUGCUCCUUCCCGCUCCACUCUCUUCCCGUGCGUCCCAUCCAUUGUUCUCCCAGCUGGAAAACCUGGAGAGGCUCCUUGGRUGCUGCUCCAGGGAUGGUUUUGGUGCCUUACAGAGGCCACAAUUCCUCUCGGUUGGUUUUUGUGGGAGUUGAUGCCGAUGGUGGGGUUGGAGCGGGGCCAAUUUUCCAGGAGCUGGAAGCGCCCGGAAGUGCGGGAUGGCCGUUCCAAGGGGGUCAUUCCUGUCCCACCUCCUGUCCUUGCCUUAGUUCAGGUGGGAACUCCAGGAAUUCCCACCAGAGGCUGGAAAYCAUGGAGAAUCCAUGGGAAAUUCUCCUGGUAUUCCUUAAAUUGAUUGGAGAAUUGGAAGAGGAUCCUUGGCUGUGCCAGCAGUGCCCAAAACUUCACAGAAUUCGUUCUGAUUUGGGGCUUUUUGUUCAUUUUCUAUCUUCAAACACCCAGAGAUCUUUGGGACUGAGAUUAGAUUUAAUCCAAGAUCUUUGGCCUGGAGAUCCGUUGGCUCUUCUUAUGGGAUCCCCUCUGCAUGGAUUCCCUUGGAAGCAUGGGAUGGCCAUUCCAGGUCAUUCCUGUCGCACUGCCUGUCCUUCCAUCAUCUUSUGGUGGCCUUAGCACAGGUGGGACUCCAAGAAUCCCCACCAGAGGCUGGAAACCGUGGAGAAUCCAUGGGGAAUUCUCCUGAUAYUCCUUAAUUUGACUUGGGAAUUGGAACAAUGCCACCGGUGCCCAAAACUUCACGGAAUUCGUUCCUAUUUGGGAUCUUUUUGUUCAUUUUCCAUCUUCAAACUCCUAGAGAUCUUCGUGACCAAGAUCAGCUUUGAUCCCAGACCUUCGCCACAGAGAUCUGUUGGCUCUUCCYGCAGGAUCCUCUCUCCAUGGAUUCCCUCGGAAGCACGGGAUGGCCAUUCCAAGGUGGUCACUCCUCUCACACUGCCUGUCCUUGCAUCACCUUCUGGUGGCCUUAGCACAGGUGGGACUCCAWGAAUCCCCACCAGAGGCUGGAAACCAUGGAGAAUCCAUGGGGAAUUCUUCUGAUACUCCUUAAAUAGAGUUGGAAAGUGGAAGAGGAUCCUUGGCUGUGCCAGCAGUGCCCAAAACUUCACAGAAUUCAUUCUGAUUUGGGGCUUUUUGUUCAUUUUCCAUCUUCAAACUCCCAGAGAUCUUUGUGACCAAGAUCAGCUUUGAUCCCAGACCUUCGCCCUGAGGAUCCAUCAGCUCUUCCCACGGGAUCCCCUCUCCCCAACAACACAAGCACAACUCCCCCACGGGCCGGACAUUCCCCAGAAGUCACUCAUUCCCGUUCUCCUCCUCCUCGUCGGGCGUYGCUCGGGUGGGAUUCCAGCGGGAUUUUCCCAAGGAUCCCUGUGGAAAAUAUGCAAUAAUUUGUUUACAGGAUGCUCUGGGCAGGGUGGUCCCUUGUCGAGCCUCGGCAGUCGAAGCACAAUGUGCCCGGGAUAGUUUUGUAUUCCCACCCUCCGGAAUUUUUUUUGGCGGGAAGAGGUUCUACUAUGUUUCUAUGGGACGUUGGGAAUGGGGRCGGCCUUUGGGAUUCACGGAAAGCUGCUUUCUAAGACUGGAAAAUAAAUUUUUUUAUCUUAAGGA